UUAGUGGUCCCGUCCUUGCUCUGCUGUCUCACCUCUCCGGUUCGGGAGGUCCGGAGGGCAGCCCUCGGCGCUCUGCACAGCCUAUCAGGAACCGGCGCUUCUCCCUUCCAGCCAAUCACAGAGAAACUUCUGAAGACCUCGGAGGAGAUCAUCGCCGACCCGUCGUACCUGAGCCAGGCUCUCGGCGUGCUUCAUGACGAGUGUUCGUCCGUUAAAGUGACGGCGCAGCAGAAGAAGCUGCAGUCGUCGAUCCAGCAGCUGCUGCAGAGCGUUCAGACUCCCAGCUGCCCGACCUACAGCGCCUGCAGCCUGCUGCAAGCGCUGAGCCGCCUCAACGGACAGUCCGUGCUGUCCGAGCUGCUUCCGGUUCUGGAUCGUCUCCUGGAGCAGAGUGGCCCCGACACCCCGACCCUGCUGCGGGCCGAGACCCAGCUGAUGCACCUCGUCCUGGGGAAGUACAACGAGGCGUCGGCCCCCCUGCUGGCCGAGGACCAGAACUGUUUGGAUCUGUUUGUCAGAGCUCUGAAGACCUCGACCCAGCCGCACCCCGACAUCCCCAGCUGCCAGAUCAUCGCCCUGGAACAGAUCACCAGGCCGUUCUUCUCGGCCCUUGGAGACGAGGCGGUGCAGCAGAAGCUGCUGUCGGUGAUGCUGGACGUGCUGGUGGAGAGCCGGAGUCCUCUGGUGGCCAACACCAUCAGCAGCGUGUUUAAAGGGCUGACGCUGGACGCUCAGCUGGUGGCCAAUGAGCUCGCUCCUCCUGAGAAACCCAAAGUGAGCGUGACGGUGCAGCAGAGCCGCCGCAGCAGAAUGAGCCAGAGGAGGCCUCAGGAGGCCGGUCCACAGGGGGGCGCUGUGUCCUGGAACAGAGUCACUCUGAUCCUGGAGCUGCUGCAGCACAAGAAGAAGCUGAAACGAGCCCAGACACUGGUGCCGGUUCUGUUCUCUCUGCUCGCCAGGAGUCUGGAGCCGGGUCCAGAUGAUCACACCAAUAUGGAGUACACCAAGCAGCUGCUGCUCAGCUGUCUGCUCAACAUCUGCCACAAACUGUGUCCUGAAGGGGGCGCUGUGGGUCCUGACGUGCUGGAUGAAGAUAAGUUCAGCGUGGAGCUGGUGGUUCAGUGCAUCAGAGCGUCCGACAUGCCGCAGACUCACCACCACGCUCUGCUGCUGCUGGGCGCCGCCGCCGCCAUCUUCCCUGAGAAAGUCCUCCACAACAUCAUGCCCAUCUUCACCUUCAUGGGAGCCAACAUCAUGCGUCUGGACGACGCCUACAGCUUCAGAGUCAUCGACCAGACGGUGCAGAUGGUGAUACCGGCUCUGAUCCAGGCCCACCAGCUGUCUGACGGCAGCUCUUCGUCUCACGUGGUGUCUGUGGUGACUCGUGUUCUUCGCGUGUUUGUUGACGCUCUUCCUCACGUUCCUGAUCACCGGCGUCUUCCCAUCCUCAGUCAGCUGGUGACCACGCUGGGCCCCGCCCGCUUCCUCUGGGUCCUAAUGCUCCUCCUGUUCAAGCUGCACGCCACGCAGACCGCUAGCUCCACCAGCGAGAAGGAUGCAGCUCUGGAGAAAGACGUGGACUUCUGGAUUUCUCUCUGCUGUGAGUUCGAGGUCAGCGAUCAGCUCACCUCCCUCAUCAACAUCCUCACCUUCCUCCUGCAGCUGUCCGACGACAAAGACGACUCUCCGGUGAAGCGCCGGCCGGGACCCCAGAAGAAGAAGAAGAAGGCUGAGGAGGAGGAGAAGGUGGAGGAGCUGAUCUUCAGUCUGGAGGCUCACAGCAGCAAAGAGCUGAGACACUUCAAGUUCCUCUCCGUCUCCUUCAUGGCUCAGCUGCUCGGCUCGGUCGGCUUCAUUGGGAAGGUGGCAGACAGAGGAGACGCUGUGGACGAGUCUCUGCAGCAGAGGCUGCUGGAGGAGAUCCUGCGUUACAUCCACGGCGUCGCUCGCUGUGUGGAGGACAACGCCGACAAACCCACCGCCAAGUUCUGGAGGGUUCUACUCAAUAAGGCCUACGAAGUCCUGGAUAAGGUGAACUCCUUGUUGCCCACGGACACCUUCAUCACGGUGAUGAGGGGGCUGAUGGGCAACGAGCUGGCGUCAGUCAGGAGGAAAGCUCUGGAGCUGCUGAACAACAAGCUGCAGCACCGCACUCAGUGGGAGGACCAACAGGUCACUGUGCUCUUACAGCUGAUCGGCGACCUCCUGAGCAUUGUGGGUAAAAGUAGUUGUCAGGUGAUGGAGCAGGAGGCGGAGCAGGAGGCGAACCAGGGGGCGGAGCAUGCCAUCAACCGACAGACGGCGCUCUACAGCCUCAAGCUGCUCUGUCGCAGUCUGGGCUCCGUCCACCAGGAGGCGUUCGUCCCCGUGCUGCAGCAGACGGUGGACAUCGUGAUGAAGACGGAGGAGGAGAAGAACGUGACGAGCAGCGCUCUGCUCUGCAUCGCCGAGGUGGUCGGAGCGCUGAAGGCCCUCGCCAUCCCUCAGCUACCGAGGUUGAUGCCGGCGGUGUUGACCGCGCUGACAGACAGGAAGGAGCUGUUGACCAAUGAGAUCUACCUGCUGAGCGCUGUCACCGCCCUGCAGCGCGUCACCGAGACGCUGCCUCACUUCAUGAGCCCGUACCUGCAGGACACCACCUCACAGGUGUGUCGGCUGACUCGUCUGCUGGAGUCUUCCUCGUCCUCUUCUUCGGCCACCGCUCAGCUGAAGACGCGUCUCUCCUCCCUCAGGAGCUCCCUCGCCACCCGGCUGCCCCCCAGGGUCCUGCUGCCCACCCUCACCAGGUGCUACAGCAGCAUGGUGCUGGACAGGAAGCGUCAGCUGGGGGCGCUGAUGAGCAUCCUGAAGGAACACAUCGGUCACAUGGAGAAAGACCAGCUCAACUUCCACCAAUCAGAGCUCACCUCCUUGUUCCUCGUGGCCCUGGACUUCAGAGCCCGACACUGUCAGGGAGAUCUGCAGAAGACGGUGGAGGUCGAAGGUCAUGUUAUCGACUGUCUGCUCACCAUGGUGAUGAAACUAUCAGAGGUCACAUUCAGACCACUGUUCUUCAAGGUAACCUGUCUGUCU